AUGUCGAGCGCCCCGUACAACUACUCGUAUAUUUUCAAAUAUAUCAUUAUUGGGGAUAUGGGUGUAGGAAAAUCGUGCUUAUUGCACCAAUUCACCGAAAAGAAAUUCAUGGCAGAUUGCCCACACACAAUAGGAGUCGAGUUUGGCACCAGAAUUAUUGAAGUGAGCGGGCAGAAGAUUAAGCUUCAAAUUUGGGACACUGCUGGACAGGAGAGGUUCCGUGCCGUCACGCGAUCGUACUAUCGUGGAGCUGCUGGAGCUUUAAUGGUUUAUGACAUGACACGCCGCUCGACAUAUAAUCACUUGAGCAGUUGGCUCGCGGAUGCUAGAAAUCUCACCAAUCCUAAUACGGCGAUUUUCCUCAUUGGAAACAAAGCGGAUCUUGAGGAUCAACGUGACGUGCCAUAUGAAGAAGCGAAGGCAUUCGCCGAGGAAAAUGGGCUGACUUUCUUGGAAUGCAGUGCUAAGACUGGUUCCAACGUGGAGGACGCUUUCCUCGAGACGGCCAAACAGAUCUACCAGAACAUCCAAGACGGGAGCCUUGACCUGAAUGCCGCGGAUACUGGUGUCCAGCCAAAGCAAGCGCUAACAAGGCAGACCGGAACCGGAGAAAACGAGAAGAGUGAUUGUAAAUGCUAA